GCCAAAGGGCUGACCGCAGCCUUUCCAACCGAGAAACUUGGCGCUGGCGCUCUCGCUCUCGCUGCUGCUCCCGCUCUCGUUGUCGUCGCCACCGCCGCUCUCGCCACUCUCUCUUUCUCUCUCUCGUUUUGAUUCGUUUCGCUCGUUGCCACUCGGGUCGCCGAAAAAUGGGGACUGCUGCUGCUGGCGCUGUUGGCGCAGGAAAAUCCAUUUUCCAUUUUCCUACAUGCGGACACUGGCUCAAAGUAUCGUGUGCGGCGGACGUCCUUGUCGUGCGUGCGUCGUUUGCUCGCGCUGACGGUGUUUUUUGUGCUAGGUUCAGGGCAUCGGGCAACAUGGAAACAUAACCACCAGCUAGGCGGAAUAACAAGAAAGCCCAUCUAGAAGAAGAAUAGAAAACUCUGUAUUUUGCAAUAGCACAAUUGGAAUUUCGAAUCGAUUUAUAGAGUGUUGUCUGUGCUUUGCGGUUUGUGUGGUGUGUUGCAUUUUCGAAAGAUGCCUGGUUUUUUCUUUUUGUUUAGUGAGAUUUUCUCGUAUUUUUUUCAUCAAUUUCGGUGAGAGUGCUGUGCAACGAAAGGGAAUACGCAAAAACGAUUUUUUGUAGAAAAUCGCGAGAGUCCCCGAAGGAGAAGACCAUACAUAGAAACGAAAAGGAGAAGGAAAAGGAAAGGCGAAAACGAAGCAAAGGCAGCGCAAUAAGGUUUUCACCAGCACACACCGCCUUUAAAGUCCUGACGCUGAUACCUGCCAUUUGGAGGCCAUGAAAGCAGGAUAUUUAUGGAUAGAAUAAGUAAAAGGCGCCCCAAUCAAUUUGAACACCACUUCAGCAUCCUGCGGUGGUUGCUACAGCAAGCUGGACGAGAAGAGGGCACUCCAGAAGGGCUUCUCCGGCGAUAGGCGAUAGGCGAUACUGGGGUCGUCACUUUUAACGGAGGGAAAAGAGAAGCCAACCCGACCGAACCAUGAAACAUUCAAAUAUUUCCAUACACAAAGACAUGAUGGAAUUCGGGUAACUGAAACCGAUAGCAACGCACACAAUUAGAAGUAGGCCACACUCACCGAAUACUUCAUUAAGCGGCUAAAAAGCGCGUUAGAGAUCAUGAAGCGAACGGAUAUUUCCAGAACGCGUAAAUGAAAGCACACUUGCGAACGAAGCAACUUUGAUAUAUAGCACCCAAACCGAACUGUUCCCAGCGGAUCAGUAAGAACCAGGACGAACAGGAGGACGAGGCGGACGAGGAGGAGGCGGACGAGGCCGACGGGCCAGAGACGGCAGCGAAACCGCCGCCGCGCCAGCGGGCACAGCGGUUAUGGAACCACAUGGCGGAGUGCCGCCGGACAGGGAUCGGCAGCUGGUGCUCCGUAAUCAGUCGGCGGCCAUCGUGCCCGUGGUCGUAUCUAUACCGCCCGCGGGACCGGCUGCAACCACGCCCACCCCGCAGCCAGCGGCACAUGCCCAAUUGUCGCUGGUGCCCAGCAAGCCAACUAGUCUGAGUCUUCAGCCUCAUGUCGUGCUCCAGGCCAUGCAACAAUUGUCGCCGUCGGCGGGCGGCAACAACAAUGCCAACAGCGCAGUCGCCACCGCCACCGCCACCAGCAGCAGCAGCGGGAAUGCGAACAGCGGCAGCAGUCCCGCCCUAGCCUCCACCGCCACCGCCAUAUCGGCCACAACGCAGGCAGCCACCGCCUUCAGCGGCAGCUCGGUGGGUCACCACCACCUGCAGCACCACCACCAGCACACGCAUCCGCAUGCCCCACAGCAGUCGCAGUCACAGUCCCAGUCACUGACACAGCCACAAACACAGCCACUGCACCAGCUCCAGCAACCGCAUCCGGCCAGUGCGUCGAGUACAGCGCCACAAAGCCACCAUCACGGCUCCAUAUCGGUCACUGGGUCAGGUGGACUACUCGGCUCCAGCGGCGGCAGUGGCAACCAACAGCAGGCCAUCGAGAAGCUGUCACGACCCAUGGCUUUCGAUAAGAUGGAAAUGCUGGUGCGGGAGAUGCAGGAUCAGGAACAUGGCGUGCCUGUGCGCCAGCAGAAGAUGUUUCUGACUUCCAUACCAUAUGCGUUUAUGGGAUACGAUCUAAUUGAAUGGCUGAUGGAUCGCCUGCAGAUUGAGGAGUCGGAGGCCCUGAACAUUGCCAAUCAACUGUGUCUGCACGGCUACUUCUUUCCGGUCAACGACUCAAAGACGCUGACCGUUAAGGACGACUCGUCGCUGUAUCGAUUCCAAACGCCCUACUACUGGCCCUGGCAGCACAAGGCGCCGGACAACGUGGAGUACGCCAUCUAUUUGGCCAAGCGAUCGCUGCGCAACAAGCAGCGCCAUGCACUGGAGGACUACGAGGCGGAGGCACUGGCCUCCCUGCACAAGAACCUGAAGGGCAAGUGGGACUUCAUCUCGAUGCAGGCCGAGGAGCAGGUGCGGCUGGCCAAGGAGCGCAAGAAAGGUGACAAGAUCGUGGGAGACUCGCAGGAACGUGCUUACUGGAGAGUUCACCGUCCACCACCUGGCCAGUUCACUCCGUUGGAGCCCUGUCCAGUGCCUUCGCGCGAUCGUCAGGGCCUCAAGCCCAAUAAAAAAAAGACUGUCGAUGACAUGCAGCGCGACGUUGACUACUUGGGCAAGUCGCUCAAUCGGACGCGGAUGAAGAUGUCGCAGGCCUGCGAGUCGCUCGUUUGCUACUCGGAGACAUUCUCCGAAUACGAUUUCUUUCUGCAGCCGGCACUGCCCUCCAAUCCGUGGGUCACCGAGGAUAUUGCCUUCUGGCAGCUGAACAACACCUUUGUGGACAUUCCCACAGAGAAGCGCGUCAAGCGCUGGGCCAUCUCCAUCGAGGAGCUCGUCUCCGAUCCCACUGGUCUGCAGGAGUUCACCGGCUUCCUGGAGAAGGAGUACUCCCACGAGAACAUCCGCUUCUGGAUAGCAGUCAAUCGAUUGCGCCGUUCCGCCCACUCCCAAGUGGCGCGAAAGGUCAACGAAAUCUACGAGGAGUUCUUGAAGCCCGGCGCACCUUGCGAGAUUAAUAUUGACGGAAAGACCAUGGAGAGCGUGCUCAAGGGCCUGAAGAAUCCAUCGCGGUUCACGUUUGACUCGGCAUCGGAGCACAUAUACAUGCUGCUGCUGAAGAAGGAUUGCUACCCGAGAUUCAUACGGUCGGAGCACUACAAACGCCUGCUGGACACCGGCAUUCAGCCGUCGUACAAGAAGCGCUUUUUCAACUUUGGCGGCGUGAGCGGUGCCAAGAAGAAAAUGACAGCCGCGCUGAGUAGCCAGCCGAAUCUGGGGGAUGCGGCCAAAGGACCCGGCGGCACAUCCGCCGGCAGCUCCAUGAUGCAGGCUCCGCCGCCCGGAAAUCUCGCCCGUCGUCGUGGCAGCGAUCGCAGUCUGACGGGCUCCGCCCACGAGCUGGCCGUGAUCGGUGUGAACAAGGAUGCCGGCUCCAAGGUACCGCACUCUCAUUCCCAGAGUAAUCUCAGCGAAAUCCCCUUCAGUAGCGAUUCAAUUUAUCGAGGCGAUAUGCCACAGCGCCACAUGGCGAUCAUGGAUAUUGGGAUAUAUGCGGCAUACGGGAAUCGCGAAAGUAGUUUGCAGGCACUUCCAGAAACGCCAAAGACGAAGACCACCGUCCUCGACGCCACGGAGUCCACAUCGUCGUCCACAGCUCUGGUUGUGGCGGCCAGCAGUGCCGUCUGCCCGUGGGAUGAGCCAGCCGAACCAGUUCCGCCGCCGCCGGCGCAAGUGAAGCUAUCCGUGUGUCCCUGGGAACUGGAUAGUGCCACAGAGCCGCCGGCAGCGGCUCCAGUAGUGGGAGGUGGAGCGUCGAAGAUCCUGAGUUCCACCGGGCAACCACUGCGAUUGAAUAGCACUUCCUCGGACAACAGCGAUGUGAAUGAUCGAAUGCAGCGCAAUUUGGGCAUUCGCCAUCAGAACACCGUGGACAGCGGCGAAGCAGGCAUAAAGCGUCUGAUUCCCAACAUUCCGGAGCAGCGUCGGGCAUCGGUCUCAUUUACACCAAGCCCCACUCCGGAUUUCCAGCUAGGACGCACUGCAACGACGACCUCCUCGCCCACUGUGGCGCCCAGCAGCUCCACUCCGCUGCAGGCUCGCAGUGCUGUGUACGGCAGUGGCCAAGGCAUCGCCAAAGAUCCACCAUCUGGCUCGGAUGUCGAUGCGGAAUUGGAGGAGGAACUUAACAAAAUAUCCCUGGGCGAGUCCUCAACAUCGGAACCGCCGCUUCUAGUGGUACCCACCCCCGAACAGACCCCGCCGCCCAUAACCAAGAUCACGCCGGCACCGGGAGAAUGCGAGAAUCAGGCGGAUCAGGUGGUCGAUUCGACCGAGAUCCCGGAAAGCUCCUGCUCAACCCAAGCCAACCAGCUCAGCGAGGCCCCAGCGACUGUGACCACGGUUAAGGAGGUCCAAAUCGAACUGAUCGAGCAGAGCAGUGGUCUCCACACACAGCCAGGUAGUCCGCCCACCAUUAAGGUCCUGGUGCUAGAAGCAAGUGCGCCCGUGUCCGCUGAGAUCGCAGCAGCAGAACCGGGCGAGGAUCAGGCACAGACAGCAACCACCGCCACCAUCACCACCGAGGAUCAAGCAGAGCGGGCGGACGACACAGAAAAGGUCGCUGACUUAGAGCAGACGGUUCUGGACGAGCUUUCACCAACCACCGACGAGUACCAGGAGGGACUGCAGUUUGGCGAUGCCAAGGAUGCAGUGGACGACUUUGACAGCAUAGACGUUGGCUAUAUACCGCCAGCACCCACCCCGGCGCCCUCAAUGGCGCCCCUGGCCGAACUGGACGUGGACACCGUGGACGACGAGCCCUGCGAGCCGUGCGACCCGCCCGCUCCUCCUCCUCCUGUUCCGCCCAGCAGCAGCAGCAGCAGGGAAUUGGUGAUGGCCUCCGGCUCGGCCUCGGCCUCGGUCACGGCCACGCCCACAUUCAGCAACGAGGAGGCGCGCAAGCGGCGCAAGAAGCGAAACCCGGAGGGCAAGAAACUUAGCUCGCAGGACGAAAAGGACAAGGAGGCGCGCGAAAGGGCCGGCGGCAGCAGCAUGGAUGCAACUGACCACAAUGCGGUGUGUCCAUGGGAAGACGAGAACGUCAGCACCAACGACGGCACCUUCGUGAAGACAUAUGCCACACUGGGAUACUUAUGAAUAAAGCCCAAUCUGUUCAAGACGGUGGUCAACAAGUUGCUGAAUAGGAAGCCAUUGAAGAAGUAGGGCCAGGCCUGGGUAGCUAAGUUUAUUAUACGGAGUAUCUAUUAUAAUACGUACAUGCAAACAUACAUAUUAUGUAAAUGUAAGUAUUUGAAUAAUUGAGUGUAUGCAUAUGUAAAUGUUAAAUGCUUCUCAAGUUCUUCAAACCAUUGAAUCAAACGAGGCGCAGUGGUUUAUUGCUGAAAAUUUCAAUUGAAAUGAAAUCAAAUGAAAAGAAUUGAAUUGAAAUGAAAUGAAAUGAAAACGGUCUAUGAAUGCUACAAAAGUACAUACUUUAUCUACAGACGAACAUACUUAUUUACAAAACCAAGUGGCUAACGUGGCUAACGUGGCUAACAUGGCUAACUAGAAUAACAAACAAAAAAAAUCAGAUGACAACUAAAUGGAUAUUAAUGUGUUUAAAGUCGCGAGUGCCGCCUUCUGAUCACUUGUAAAAACGAUAAUUAAACGGAGCUUAGAUUCGGCACAGCAGAAACACUUUAAUGUAUACAAUGUAUAUGAUCUUUCUGUGCAUAAGAAACAAUUUUCCAUAGUUAAUUCGAAGCUAUACAUAUAUAGUCCCCUUCAAAGUCAAAAAACAGUAAUCAAGAUCGAGAUGAAUAGACCAUAAAUUGUAUUAUAAACUUAGGACAGCAGUGGGAGCAGUUUUCACAAUCCAUCUGCGAUCAACUCUAUGUAUUUUUCCCUGGAAAAGCUCUUGUUAUCCCAGCAGAUUUGUGACAUCGAGCCCAAGCUGAGCUGGUAAAGGGCAAGCUGGUACUGGUACCUGGUACUUGGAAUUAUACCCAAACUGUAUUCUCGGUGCCUUGCGCUAGAGCUGCCUGCGAUUGGUGGUCAGUGAUGGGGACAAUACUAUCUGAAAUUGUAAUGGUGAUCAUCCUUGCCCUCUGCCAAUGCCAACACCAGAACCCAAGAUUUAUCCAGCUAGUAGUACAAAGUGUUGGGCCUAUGUAACCAUGGCUCCGAUUCACCAACUAUAAGUGUUACGGAAUAGAAUCCCCUCGGAUAAUUAAAUGCACAAGUUGCUGCGCAAGUAGCUGCCACUUGAUAUCUCUGUUUGAAGUCGUCUGUCUUAAUGCAAAUGCAAUUAGUUUAAUGCAAAGCCGUUUCAUUUCACGCGUACAUGCCCGAACUCACGAGCCCCAAAUUGAUGUGCAGUGAAAAUGAAACACAGUUUGAAAAACGCAUAGAGCCCUAGCCAACCAAAGUCUAUAUACGCGUAUGUAAUAUUAUAUUUCCCAGUUUAUGUACGAGUAUUUGCCGAUGCGAAGCUGACUUGCGCGAUUAACUUGUGCAUUUUAGAUUAUAUACCUACGUCCUACGACUACCUAGUAAUUUUCUCUAUUCGACUAGAAAUGUAUUGAGCUGCCCGCCCAAACAAUCGCAGAAAUCGAGCUAUGCCGUAUUACACUAACCACUUAGAGCCAACAUCGAUGGGAGUGAGGCGAGAUGGGGCGCAUCUUUAAGAUCAAAUUGGUGUUCGAUUCGAACGUGUUAACUUAACUUAAAGUGAAUCUUACAAAUACACGUACAAGAAUAUAUGAAACAGAUAAACAAAUAAAUUAGAGAAUCAAAUUAAGAUGAAAUCCUGGUUGUUCGCGACUAAUACCUUUAUAUGAAUCGAAAGAUGAUAACUUAUCGAAGAACUAUUACAAUCUAAGUACAUAUAUUUCUAUUUUCAUUGUGCAUAUGAAUUAGCUACUUUACUGUCGAAAACCGUUUUGCUGGUAAACAAUCUUUAUAUGGGAUAUCUGAGUAUCUGAAUAUCUGAAUUCUCUUUGUGCUUUCUAUGCUAAACAUACAUUUUUGAACUAAUUCAAUUAACGAGACGAAAACGCAGAGCAGUAACACUUGAAAUCCGAGAUCCGUAAGUCCCUAAAACGAUAUCCAAUGUAAAGAGCGUACCAAAAAUCAAAGCAAGUAUUGCAUAGAUAUUACGAAACAUUACGAUGGUAUGAUGGGGAGUACAUACAUAUUGAACUUAUAUAGCAUAUAGAAAAAUAGGAACGAUGAGCCGAUGUGUAGGGCGUGCGUACAAAAUGUGUACAUGAAACCACCGUUAACUUUGCUUAAUGCGAGCCGAGCAAUUAAAGAGUUAAAGAAUAAAAUACAAAAUACAAAAUACAAAAUACGAAAUACAAAUGAGAAUGAAAAAUGAGAAAUGAAAAGAGAAUAACUAAAGCAAACAGAAUAAACCAGCAGCAGCAAUAGUUCCGAAAUUGUUGUCGAAAUAUAAUAGCAGCUUUUAGAACAACACCAAAGAAGUUGUAGUAAAUGCAGAGGAAAAUUGUAUUGUUGUUGUUUUUUAUGUACAUUUACUUUUUUGUAUUACCGUUGUUGUAAGUCAAAUAUGCCAAAAAUGAAUAGUUUACUAAGAGUUUACAACAAAAGAUUCAAAUGCAGGCAAGAUAUGAAUUACUUUAAACGCAAAUCGCAAGAACAAGUUCCGAAUGUUUUUAGUAGUCAAUGGAGAAUAUCUUUUAAUCGCUUACACUAAGUGUUCCCAUGCAUAUUUAUGGGUUCCUUGCCGAAACAGAAAUCUUAAAUAAACACAAAUAUAACACAAGAGCGCGGCUGUCGACUUUACUCUUCCCGGUACUCAAAAUGUUCGAGUAAAACAAGUGAAUAAGUUACUGAUUCAUUGAUGCAACAUGGAACGACUUUAGCUAAUGGAGAAUCGUGUUAUUAGAUCGUAUUUAAUUGUUACCUAACUUUAUCCCACUUUGCUAUAUUUCAACGUUUCGUUGGGCAUUUGAAGCUUUUUCCAACCAUAACAUUCAAUAAAAAUCGUCCCAGUUGAUAGGAAAUCGAAAUACAAGAUCAAACAUUCGCAUACUAAGGAAUAUUUAUCUAAUUUCAAGUAUUUAACUUUAAAUUAAUUAAUUUUCAGUUUGAAGAAGCUAUUUUCGUAAUGAUCCAGAAAUGAUUUUUUAGAACUCUGGCCGAUUUUUCGACUGUAGCGUUGGAAUUUCGAAACCAAGAAUGUUAGUCGUACCAUUAUGUUAUUUGGAUUUUUGAGUAUCGGGUGAGCAUAGAACUAAGGAACCAUUCGAGGUCCGAUGGAUUGAUUGAGCCGCCAUAGCGCCAUUUUGAUAAUAAAGAACAAAGAAUUCGAUAACUAAUAUAUGUUUAAUGAAUUACAUAAGUAUGUACUACUUCACGCGACAGGUGGGUGGCAUUGCCCUACAAAUAUUUACUUUAAUUUCUGGAUAAUUAGUGCUCAUAUCACUGAUUAGAGGACAGGAAUGCGCAAAACAAUAUGCUUAAUACAUAAGAUUCCAGAGCUUUUAGUAACGCCAUGUAAAUUCUGGGUCAUGAAUACAGUUGUGAAGAUUGAAGAUUGAAGAAUGUAACCGAGGCGUUUGUUAUUAUGUAUUCAAGUCAUUUACUAUAAGUGUAUACAGCUUAUACUAUUAUAAAAGUGUUAAAAACAUGAAUUAUUUUGAGAAAAAAAACCCAAAAAGAAUAUACAACAAAAUGUUAGUCGGUAAAUGAAAUCAAAUGUAAAACAAUUUAAUGUAGACUGUACUAAAGAAUUCAAGGAAAUUUGAAUAUCAACACUCCAUCACGCAAAUAACUAAAAGGAAAUUCGCAAAUUGAAUAGAAGUUGAUGGGAAAAUUAUUUGCACAGUGCAGAAAAACGUGUUAUAAAAUUAUUAUACUAUA